UCUAGAGCACAUCCUUCAUUGGCCCUGGACCUCUCUUGUUCCUUCCCUUUACUGUCCUUAAUCAACUCGGUCCAGAGUCCCUUUGCUAAGGUCUGCAGGUGCCCAAGUCUUCCCAAACAAAUUUAACAAGACCUCUCACUUAGAACCUACAACCUAGCUCAUCAACAGCAAAACCAUUCUCUAGGUCAGAAUCAAUACUUCCCCCUCCAACUCAGGUAAAGAUCCUGACCUAAGGACUUGGGACCACCAAGCCUAAGUCCAGAGACCCUCCAGCCUCAGCCCUAAUGGAGCCUGUACCUUAUUCUGCCACUAGAUGGAAGCAAAUAAGACCACAGAAGACCCUCAGGUCACUAAGGAUGAAAAGGAACAGCCUUCUUUAAAAGACCCCCACGCUGAAGACUUGAACGAGGCCACUACUCAUGAAACACCCUUGCAGUUCUCCAGCUCAGAGAAAUAUCUCGAGCCUCCAGAAGUCCAUCUUGAAACUUCUGCUUCCCUGAAUCCUGACACCAAGGGCUCUGAGGACCUCUGGGAUCUUUCUGUCUCUGAAAUUCCUUUGAAGUCUAAUACUGCUGAGCUUCUUUCCCCAACACCCCUACUAUCCCCUCAGUCUGUGACCUCUCUAGAAAAAGCCAUCGCUGAGAUUCCUUUGGAGGAGUUUGCCUAUGACAGUCCUAUCUCUAAAGUCCAAAAAGAACCUCUUGAGGUCUCACCAACAGCCAGUAUCCCUGAUUAUGAAAAUCCUAUCUCUGAAGUCCAAAAAGAACCUCUUGAGUUCUCACCAACAGCCAAUAUCCCUGAGUAUGAGACUCUCAUCUCAGAAGUCCCAAAUGAACCUCCUGAGGUCUCGCCAACUGGUAUCUCCGAGUCCUCCUAUGAGCUUACCUCUGAUAAAGUCCCACAGACCCAGGUCCCUGAAUCUGAGCACUUUCCAAAGCACUCCUUUUCAGAACUUUCAACCCAAGACAAGGAAGACACACCUACAAAGGAGGGGAAAGCAGGGGAAGAUGAGCAGGCAGUGGGUACUAGUAAGAUCACUGCAGCCAAGCCUGAGCCUUGCGCAAAGAAGAAGAAGAAGGAGAAAAGAGCUGGUGGUGUUACAAGCGGCCCAGUGGUCCCUGCUAAGCGGCCAGAGUUGGUGGAAAUGGCUAAAGCAGUGCACAGAGAGGAAUCUGAUGAUCAGGUGAACAAUCUUUUUCAAUGGGAGAAGAAUUCAGCCCUCAAAGCCAUCCAGACAGGUAUCUACAUUGGCUGGCGCUGCCCGCAUUACUUAUGGGACUGUUUCCGGAUAGGAGAUGACUCCAAGUGCUUUUGUGGACAUUUGUUGAGAGAACACCAGAUCAUCUCAGAUCUGUCAGUGCCCUGCAACGUGAGCCAGUGCAGGUGCCUCAUGUUUUGUUUUAUCCCAUCACGCCCAGAGGAGGUGGGUGAGUUCUGGCUCAAGAAACGGGCCACCUUCGACCCCAAGGCCUGGAGGGCCCAAUGUCGCUGUAAACACACUCACGAAGAACAUGCAGCCACCGGAGCUCAUCCCUGCAGGCACCGUGGCUGUUUCUGCCCCUCUUUUGAGUCUAAUUUCCUCUGUGCGGCCUGCGACCGGCGCUGGGAGGAACACGAGACGUUCUUUGAGACUGAGGAGACCAGGCGAAGAGGAAAGAAACCUUAUGGAACAAACACCGUCAAGAACUGGCACAGGCCUUUCUGAGCCUGGUAAAGAUCAACAAUAAAGUGGAAGCCAAUAGAAUCUGA